AUGUUUACCUUCGCUAUUCUCCUUCUCUGCGUGCAGGGCUGUCUGAUCCAAAAUGUGUACGGUCGGUGCUGUGGCUGUGGAUGCGGUGGUGGUUGCGGUUGCGGUUGCUAUGGCGGCGAGGGCGACGGUAAUGUGAACGUCUGCGGUGAACUGCCCGUGUGUGGUGAAACCUGUGUCUGUGGCCGCGUGCCCAUCUGCGGUAGUGUUUGCUACGGGGGUCCUGCCUGUGCUAGUGGCUGUGUCUCUAUCUGCGGACGUUGCUGCGGAUGCGGGUGCGGAGGUUGCGGUGGUUGCGGAUGCGGUUGUGGAGGCUGCGGUGGAUGCGGAUGCGGCUGUGGAGGCUGCGGAGGAUGCGGAUGCGGACGUAGAUGCUGUUGCUGCUAA